AUGGAUUUUCUCCGGCUUCGUCUCCCUGGGCUACAUCAGGCUUUGAGGGGAGCACUGGACUCCUUCAGUGCGUUUGUGUCCUACCUCAUAGGAGACACAGUCCCCACAGUAGAGAGGCAGACGCAGGCAGCUGAGGAACUGGGGGAGGUGACUGCAGGGAAGGUGGUAGAGGAGGAAGCCCAGGAGGUACUGGAGGGACUUAGAAGUGGCCAGAGUGAGAGGGCAGGAGCACCUGAAGAGACUAUAAGAUGCCAAGAAGGAAAUUUAGCUGGUGAACAGAUGUGGGGGUGGAGAGCAGAUAGCUCCGCAAGGCCCCAAGCAGAAAGACAGGACACUGGGUCCAGGAAGGCAGCUGAGGGUGCCAGGGGCCAGGAGCCAAGUGUCCCACCAAAGCCUGAGGCAGGGCCUGGGACUCACAGAGACAAGAACAGUAAUACAGCCCAGGAGAUCUGGGAGCAUGGUGAGGAGGAAUCGAGCAGUGGAGAGCUGCUGAGAACCUGUGAACAGAAGAAAGAAGAGGAGGAGGUGAUCAGAGCCGCAGAGCCAGGAAUGGCCAGGGGGGUGGAGUCACAGGCAACCUGGCACAGAGAGCCUGAGGGGAAUGCUGGCACUGAGGGGCAGAAUGUGACAGAGGACAGCAAAGAGAUAGACUGGGUGACCAAAGGCAUAAUUGCCGAAGUCGAGCAGUUUGGUGCCAAAGGGGCUGACAAAGAAGAAGAGAGGAUGGUCUCAACUAGGGAUGGCCAAAGUGCAAGGGUACAGGGGACACAAUGCCCAGAAACAGAGUCUGAGGACUGGGCCAUGUUGAGUAGAGAGGCCUGGACAGUCUCAGGCAGGGAGGGAGCUGAUAGCCUGGGAAUUCAGGAAGCAGAAUGUGGGUCAGACCCAGGAGACAACACCCCAGAAGCUACUGGGAGAGUCUGGGUCCUAGAAGAGGCUAGCAAGGAAGACCAGCAGGAUGAGGUUGAUGAGAAGAGAGAGGCUGAAGUUAGGCUUCCGAUCCAGACCCUGGAGGCCAAGAGAACCAGAGAGAUAACUGAAGGCCAGAUAGCCAAAAGCAGAGCUGUGGGAGACCAGGACACAGGGGACAGCUUUGAGGAAGAGGUGAGGCAAGACUUGGCCACCAGGGAUAAUGGAAUGAGUCUGGAAGAGGAGGUGCAGGCAGAAGAAUCCUCCAGGGAGAAAAGGAGCUCCUGGACCACAGAGGCUAUACUAGUCUUAGAUACGGAGGCUAAAGAUGAGCCUGACUGGGAAGACUCUCCAGAAGCCAGGACUGAGGAGUUGUUUGUGCAAGAGAAGAGUGAAGCAGCUCAGAUGACACCAGAGGUAUUGAGAGUAAAGUUUGCUGAAGGACUGGACCCUGAGCUGAUGAGAGGUUUCCAGACCUUGACUGAAGAACUUGAGGAAGAACAGAAGGGUCAGGAAGAGACUGGUGGAGCUCCAGACCUGAGCCCAGAGGGGAUGCUAAGCUUGAAGGAAUAUCCUAGGCCUGUGGGGUUUGCAGGUCCUGAGCUAGAAGCCUGGGGAAACUGGAGUAGGAGUGUGGACAGCAGAAAUAGCCCGGAGGUAAAAGCAGAUGCUGAAGCAGGCAAGGAACAGACUGCAACUGAGCAGGCAGUGGAGGUCCAGGAGGAAGGAGGCCAGGAGGCUCAACAGACAGAGGUCUUCGGGUCAGGAGGAGAGGAGGAACUGAUCUCCAUAGCACUUAACCAGGAUCUGGAGGAAAGCCAAGGAUCAGAGGCAGGGACUGGACAGUCAGUGGAGGAAUCCAAGCCCACAGAAAACAAGGCUUCUGAGGAGGAGGCUGUAGUGCCUUGGGAAGUUGAUGGAACUUGCAGGAAGAGGAGACUGGAGGAGGUGGCUCUGAUCCUGCAAGACAGUGAGGAUACACAGACCAGUUAUUUGGCUGAUGAGAUUAUUGUGGGUAUUAGGACUGUGGGUGCUGAGGAAAGGCCAAAAUGGGAAGCUGGGUUGGCUCCAGAAACGGAGUUUGGGAAAGCCUGGUACUCCGAGGGCAAAGGGGAGGUUGGGAGAGACAUGGAGCUGGAGGAGGCUACAGAGAAACAAAGCGGGCAGGAAGUUGGCUUGGAGGGCUCAGCAGAGGAGAAGUUGUCUGGUUAUGAUAUCCAAAAAAUUGAUGGGACUGAAGAGGGGGAGCAGGCAGAGAUGGGGACAUCUGUAAUGGCAGAAGAAAUAAGAGGGACAGAUGGUGUGACUUUAGGCUCCCAGGCAGAGAGAGCAGAGGGGUCCAUAGCCACUGUGGAGACCGAGGGGCUCCUAAGAGAUCAGAUGCUGUCCAAAGAAGAGGUUGGGGGAGGGCAGUCACGAGAGCGGAAGGUCCACAGCGCAGAGGGCGAGAUCCUAAAGCUACUGGCGGAAGAGGAUGCCAUGAUCGAAGCACAGAAGACAGAGAUCCAGGAGACCUAUCCUGGUGUGGACGGCCAGGAGGGGCAGCAGACACACCAAAUCCCCACAGUAGCUGUUCCUGGGCCCUCAGAAUCGGCUGAGGCCACAGCAGGUGCCCCAGAGGAUUUUCACAGCAGCUGGAAUGAGGCCCUACUCCCUGGGUCCCGCCUGGAUGUCUCUGUCCCUCGGAGUCGUGUGCUUCUCUCACGAAGUUCCUCACGGCGGCGCUCAAGGCCCUCUUUCCGUCGAGUCUCUGUUCCUGAGCCGCAGUGUGACCCUCCCAGUCCCCAACCCCAGGAGGAGCGGCCGUUCCCUGAGCAGUCCCCCCUUCAGCUAGAGGAAACUCCAGAGCUAAGUGCCACAAAGCCUGAAGGGACUCCAGUGCCAGCCAGAAGAAAAGUGCUGGGGCGUGGGUUUGGUUUCGCUCAUCCUGGCAUGAUGCAGGAGCUGCAAGCCCGACUGAGCCAGCCAAAGCCACAGUGA